AAGCUUUCAGGGAAAUCCGCGGAGUCCCACAAGGUGGCAGGAGCUAACUGUUCUGUAUUAGAGCCAUGGUCCUCAGUAAAGUAAAGUGUGCCAGAACCGUAGUGAGAAUGGUAGACUGCCGCACCGAAAACAUUUCUAUGCGAGGUCUGUGACCGAGGAAGGCGAAGGAGGUCACAGUAAUGAAAGGCAGUAGUAGGAACAAGGAUCAUUCGACAGAAGGAGAAGGAACUGGGAAGCGACCAAAAAGAAAGUGUCUUCAGUGGCAUCCCCUGCUUGCCAAGAAACUCCUUGACUUUUCUGAAGAGGAGGAGGAAGAGGACGAAGAGGAAGAUAUUGACAAGGUGCAGCUUCUUGGCGCCGAUGGUUUAGAGCAGGAUGCUGAUGAAACUGAAGAUGACGAGUCCUCGGAGCAGCGAGCUCGCCGACCAAUGAAUGCAUUUCUCUUGUUCUGCAAACGCCAUCGCUCUCUCGUGCGACAGGAACACCCCCGUCUGGAUAAUCGUGGCGCAACCAAGAUAUUGGCAGAUUGGUGGGCGGUUCUAGAUCCGAAAGAAAAGCAGAAAUACACUGACAUGGCCAAGGAGUACAAGGAUGCAUUUAUGAAGGCAAAUCCAGGGUACAAGUGGUGCCCUACAACAAACAAACCUGUGAAAACCCAGACGUCCACUGUUACAAACAGGAAAAAACUGUGGGCUUUUUCUUCAGACUCUGCAAAAGAUUUACCAAGCCCCAGAAAAGUGGCAAAAAGUGAAGAAAUGCCACAGCUUAACUUCGGAAUGGCAGAUCCUACGCAAAUGGGAGGCCUGAGUAUGCUGCUUUUAGCAGGGGAACAUGCCCUGACUGCACAAGAGGUUUCCUCAAGUACUUGCCAGUCUGAUGCGACUAAUUCUACAGAAGCCUGUCAGAAGUCAUCAUUGUUUCAGUUUGCAGAGAUCUCUUCAAGCACAUCACAGCCAGAUGUCCCGGUGGCUGUAAAACAAACUGAGGAGUCUGCAUUGUUUCAGUUUGCGGAGAUCUCAUCAAAUACUUCCCAGUUGUCAAGUCCUGAGCCAGUAAAGCACUGUGGGAAGUCACCACUCUUCCAGUUGGCCGAGAUUUCUUCAAGUACAUCCCAUUCAGGUCCUUCUGAUUUAACAAAGCAGUGUGGAACAUCAGCAUUAUUUCAGCUGGCAGAGAUGUGCCUUGCUUCAGAAGGGGUGAAAGUGAAAGAACCUGGGAAAAUGAAAAUGGAAGCGUCAGAGGAUGUGGCAAGAGAAAUUCCAGACGAAAUGGAAGCAGAAGAACUGGAGAAAACAACAAUAAGAGACUCCUGUAAAGGAAAACUAGAACACUCAGAGACAGGGAAGAUACAAGACUGGGAUGAGACAAAAACUGAGGAACCAGAAACUGCAAAAUGCAGUCAUUUUACCAGUCUUGUGAUGGAGAGCAGUCAUUUUGAGAGAAGUGACAGCACAAAGGAUCACACGUGCCGUUCUCCAGAGCUUUCAGUGGCUGACAUGAAUAUCCUUGGGCUAAGCAAGCCGGAAAAAAUAAAGAAGAAAAAGAAAAAAAAUAAGUUGGACCGGCACUCAAAUGAAAAAUCCACCCCCAAGAAACCUUGUAAAAAGAGGCAGUCCUCUGAGUCGGACAUUGAAAGUGUAAUGUAUACGAUUGAAGCUGUUGCAAAGGGGGACUGGGGUGCAGAGAGACUUGCUGAAAUUCCCCGCAAAAAAGCCCGCCCUGCCUCAAAUGUGAAGGGAAGCCUGUUGGAUACAAAAUCACCAAAGAAAAAAGUGAAAUCGAAAGAGAAGAAAACAUCAAAGGAGAAACCCACGGAGACCACCAAAGAAUCAAAGCCUCCUGAUUUCCUUAGUAUUACAGCCAGCAAGGAAGUACCCUGUGAGGCUUCUGAUAACGUUAAAGUGGAACCACUGACCCCAACAGAGGAGGUGGUACCCCAGAGCUUACCAGGACAGGUCAAAACUGAGGACAGUGACUGUGUUAAAAAGAUAGAAACCUGUGGCUCCAGAAAAUCAGAGAGAUCUUGCAAAGGUGCUCUUUAUAAAACUCUGGUGUCAGAGGGCAUGCUCACAUCUCUGCGUGCUAAUGUGGACAGAGGUAAAAGAAGCUCAGGAAAAGGCAACUCCUCAGAUCAUGAAGGAUGCUGGAAUGAAGAAAACUGGGCUUUUUCCCAAAGUGGGACAAGUGGGAACAAAAAACUGAAAAGGCCUAAGCCAAAGGAAGAGUUCGUUUUGGGCUUAGCAAAGCUGGAAGAAGAAUUUGAAAAGAAAUUCAACAGCCUCCCUCAAUACAGCCCUAUUACCUUUGACCGGAAAAGUUCAUCUGUUCCGAGGAAGAAGAGAAAGGUUGGAAGUGGCUCGUCUGAACAACCAAAAUCCAACAAAGGUUCAUUCCAGUCUCAGAAAAAGAACUUAUUCCACAAAAUUGUCAGCAAAUAUAAGCACAAAAAGGAGAAGCUUAAUGUUCCGGACACAGCCAUACUCUCAGAAGACAAAAAUUCCAGUGAGCCUGCCUGGAAGAAUAAAAUUUCUAUAUCAGCCCUAAACACUCCAGAGCCAGCAAUGAUGCAUGAACCCUUAGUUGGCAGCCAGAAAAGGAAAGCAAGGAAAACUAAGAUCACCCAUCUUGUACGAACAGCCGAUGGUCGAGUGUCACCAGCAGGAGGGACACUGGAGGAAAAGCCAAAAGAGCUGCCACAAAGUACUCUUCAAAAAACGUCAAGUGCAGAAACAGAUUGCAACAGUGAGUGCUCCAGAAAUGCAGAGUCAGAAGAAACUCAUAGUAUUACACCAGAUAUGCCAGCAGUGUCUGCAUUUUUUAGCUUAGCUGCUCUGGCAGAAGUAGCAGCAAUGGAAAACGUACACAGAAGUCAGAGGGCCACACCUCUCCCACAUGACGGACAGCCAAACGAAAUUUCUCAGGCUCCAGUGCUUAUUUCCUGCGCUGACCAGUGAAGCUCCACUUUAUUGUAAAACAUUGUGCUUUACCUAAUAUCCUAGCCUUGUCUUUACCAAGGGAAGCUAGUCAGUCCAUGUGAUGGAAACUGUAGACUGCAAGCAAGUGCUUAUUGCUCUGAGUGGCCCAGAAUUCACUGGAAGCCAGACAUUAGCAACUUGGGCCAGGUCCUCCAAUCGGAACCCAGUAUGUAGGAGGGUGAUAUUAUUUGUCUAUUAAUGAGCAGAAGUGGAAUGAUCCCAGAGCUUGCUUUCUGUUGAAGGCUUUUGAACAGUAAAUGGGUGGUUGAUGUGAAAAAGGCUGCCUUUACUGUAGCUCACACAGCAUCUCUUUUACCAACCAGAGAGUAUGGCAACUAGUUUCGUAUAAUACCUAGUAAUUCUAAAUGAAAAUGAAAAAAAAAAACCAACAACAACAAAAACACUGACGCACUGCACUAGUUAUUAUUAGAUAUUCUUAGUCAUUUUUGUACAUGAAGAUUUAAGUUCUAAGAUGGUUUAUAUUAAUAGGUUAUGCCUACGUUUAUAUUGUAGAAUGAAUUAAAAACCUGUUCCAGAGAACUCAAGGCAGCCUGGACAGAUGUACCAUUGUUAGCGGUGUUUGGGCAGCCAUGUGGUCCAGAUGUUCUGCACUUUUAUAUUUGCCACCGGAGUGGUAGAGUUUACUGGCAAAAAUUCUGACAGGCUAUGUUUGGGUUUUGUUUGUUUUUUAAUUUAGCUUUGAGUAACCAGGAUGAUGUGCAUUAGAAAAAGGAGUGGUGUAUGGAAGAGAAAAAUACUGCAGAUGAUUGACGUGUCUUUCAUGCCUUGGAGGGUUCCUUUACUUUUGCAUAGAUAUCUGAGCGACUUGGUGAAGCGUUCCUGUAUACAAAAAGUACUGCAAAUAUGUUGUUCAGAAGUGACCUUAGUAUUAUUUCACCGUUCUGAAAAACCUAAAAACGUGACUUUUCAAUAUACAUGUACACUGAUACACGUACCUUUUACAUUUUACAGACACUGGCAUUGUUGUAGUUCUUAUGCACAGUCUAAAUCGGCUUCAUAGAUUGUAUAAAGGGCCAAUUACAGUUUGUGUUGGUAAAGUGCUAAGUUGUACGCAGAUAAACUACGACUGAAGAAUAAUGUGUGACUGAAUUCAGACUACCAAACAGAGAUUCAUCUGCCAGUUUCUGUCUCUGCUUAUGUUGAAUUUUUGUGUUUUGCUCUCAUAAAUACAUCCCAAAAGCCAGGCCACGUGUAUCACUUGGCCUGUUACCUUCACUCUCUUGACUUACACUAUUGUAUAACCAAGCAUUGAUUCCUACCAACAGAUGCAAAAUGAUCGCUAGUAAUUAAUCUAAAGCUACAAAUUCAACAGGGUACUUCUUCUAUAGCACAAGAUGUUUCCCUACUUUUUGCAUUGUAGCACAACAAUUUACCAAAUUGGACUCCAGCAAUAAUUUUCUAUUAGUCUUCGUCAUACUGGCUGAACUUUUGAUAGUAUUAGGUUGAGUUUGAAGUUCUUUGAAUUAAGUCUUUAAAUGAUGAGAGUUUACAUCGUUCUAUCAGGCAUUCUUAUUUAUACUUGACUGAAUUGAUAAUGUGUUUUGGGGUUAUUUUGUAACUAAUUUGAUGUAAUAGCCAUAUGGACAGUAACUCUAUUAAUGCUUGCUAGGUUUAGCCUUUCAUUGUUGUAGUUAAGUGAAAGUCUUUGGUUCCUCGUUGGGAAAUGAUACGCAACAUACCACACAAGUUGUAACAACGGCUGAAGGUUUGACAAAAGGCAGGUAGCUUGGGAAGUAUCAUUAAAACAGCACUAUCAAAGAUGCAUAUGUUGGAAGAAGGGAACAACAGCAGCAACAAAAGAACAACAAAAUUUAAGAGCCAAUGAGUCAGUGAAAAGGCUUCUUAAAAAUUCAGGAAAAUACACGACUAAGAGCCCCCUAGAAUGCCAUUGCAGCCUAUGGCAGUAUUUUUAAUAAGAUUUUAUUAAUGUUUUAUAAGUUAUUUUAACAAGACAGGAAAAACUUAAGACUUAAAGCUGUAGGUGGCUGUUGGAGUUUUGGACCACUUUAUAAUUAGCUGAAAUCCAAAUAUGUUACAGUGCAGGCCGUUCACCUUGACAAUGGUACUAACUUAUUUCUCUAGAAACCUUUAGAGUAGAUAUAUUUUUGUCAAAGCACCCCAUCCUUCCUCAAUUUAAAUUUCAAUAUUGUUCCUGAAGAUAUUUCUGUAUAUUAAUGGUACCUUUUUUAAAAGAAACAGAAAAUUACUUUUUUCUAUAUGAAUUAAUAUCUUACUUGAUCUGCUUUUCCUUGACUUUCCCUUAGAGAGGGGGUAGGGUUGGGUCAGUUUACUGGAUAUGACUGUUUUCAGAUACUUAUAAACCUUUUUGUAGAUAUGCUUAAUUUUUAAGCGAUUAGGCACUGAGAGUAGCAGAAAUCCUGCAAAGCUUUAUAGUUCACUAGGCAUUUGCCUUUAUUGGUUCUCUGAGUGAUGUCUUGAUUUCAGUAGCUAGAAUUUUCCCUGAAUCUACUAGAAGGGGUAUCAGUAUUUUCAGGUAACAAAGUCUGUUAGCACAACAAAAAUUUCAGACCAAUAUUUUACUGUAUUGGGGUUGGGUUUAUUUCCGUGUUUGUUUUGUUUUAAUUUUUAUUCAUUUCAGCUGCUUUCAUUUUGGAAAAUCAUAUUGCUAUUGUGUGUACUUCAGUAUACCAGCAAACACUGUUACCCAUUAACACAUGUCCACAAAUGCCUCUAGAGAAGAAAUUAUUGCACCUUAUGUAUAUCUCAAGCAAACCAAAAUAUGAUGCUUUUCUGCUUUGUUUAUUCUGAAUAUGUUGUAUCAUACUUUACUGAACCCAUUUUAACUUAGCUAAAGCUAUCAAUAUUUAUGCAUUUCACAUUAUUUUCUGGAUCUGAACCUGUGUAUAAAUCUUUCUUUAAAAAAAAAAAGAAAAAAAAAGCAAUUAUCGUAGUCCUCUAUGACUUAUCCACGGGAGUGGGGAAUCUUGUCUCAAGUGUAAAAUGCAGUACUGUCCCAGUUUUCCUUAGCUUUUAUUUAUUUGGUGAUCUUUGAUAUUUCAUAUAUAAUUUUGAGGUAUGCAAAGUAUAUUAUCGUAGCUGAAGCUACAGACCUAAGCAGCUGGGAGAAAAUUACUGUAAUGUCUUCGUAAUUGUUCUAGUACUGUAUACAAAUAUGGGAAAUAUGUUCUGCAAAACAUUUGAGAUGCAGAUUCUUAUCCCCGCAGUAGGUUAUUUUCCAGAUAUUAGACCAAAUCAAUCAAAAACAUCUAUGGAGAUUACUUACUGCUCUGAUUAUGGCAGUAAUUACCCCUUGAAUGUGCUGUGAUUUCAGAAAUAGAGUAUAUUUAUUUAAGAUGACUGAAUGCUCUUUUAUACUAAUACAAUAUCCCAAAGUCAUGAGCAAAAGACUUGUCAGUUUUGAUUUAUGUUUUAUAGCAUUGAUGCAUGACUUUUGAAAUUAAAACGAUAAGCAUUGUUGUUGGAAAGGGGCACAGGAACAAGGGAUUGAUAGAAGCAUAUGAACUGGUGUUUAACUUCCAUCUUUGGUCUUUUUUAUUUGGGUGGAUGCUACCUUUGUAGCACAAGGCUGAAGAGUACUCUGCAGUCUAUUUUGUAUCAAGUAGAAACCCAAGAGAGUUGUAACUCACAUCAGAACGAGGGAAUACGGUAUAGCUUGGAUGCCAUCUUUUGGAGCGGGAUAUUCAGUUGAAGCAGUUUUAAUUUUUACUGCCUGUUUAGCUACUGUACAGAUACUGGAACAGACUGAAGGCAGCAGUUGUAGACGUGGGACAGCUAACAGAGGAUAAAAGAAAGGAAAGCUGGCCUCGUUUCUCAGUAUGGUGAAGUUGCAGCAACAAAGGGGAGCUAGGAAAAAAGAUUAUAUAUAUAUAUAUAUAUAUAUGUGUGUGUGUGUAUAUAUAUAUAUGUAUAUAUAUGUGUGUGUGUGUGUGUGCGCGUGCAUGUGUGUACGUUCUGCAAAAGAAAAAUGUAGGAAAGAUAAAAACAUGAUGGGUCUACAUGAGAGUAUAAUGUGUGUUGAUCUUUUGAGUGCACUCCCUUUUUUUGAAUGCUGAGUCUAAUAUGGCUACCUCUCCUAAAAGACUACUUUAGUGAACUUCUAUUUGCUUUCAGGCUUCAUCGUGUAAUCCUUUCAGCCAUUGAUACCAUUUGUAUAUCACUAUAUACUUUCCAAGAGCAACAUUUAGCAGGCAGCAUAAUGCUGAAUGUACAGUGGUAGCCAAACUGUGUUGCUGGAGCGUUUUUGUUUAACCUCUGCCGUAGUCAUAUGGGCUGCAGGACAUGGACCCACUAGCUCUAGUUGGUUCAGUGAGAUUGUUUUUUCUAACAGCAGAAAAUGUGGUGCUCAUCAGGGGGUGGAUGUCAGAUGUUCCCUGUACUAAUGCAGUAAUCCAAAUGCUGCUCUUGAAACUUACCCUGACGUUGACGUUUGCAGUCCUGAUUUCCGAAGGAAACAUAAUUGUGCAGCUCGUGUGCUGUAUACCAUGCAGUCACCAUUAGAUGCUGUUUGUUUGCCAUGCUCGUUUGCUAGAUUGUAGAGUUCCUAGGUCUCUUUGCCAUGUUUGUACUAUUUGUGGCAUUUCACUACCUUGUACAUCUUGUGGGACUGUCACCUAAAGCUGCCAGAAUGUUGAGUCAUUUUCAGGACACCGAGAGCCGCGAACGAAUGUUUUUAGGCUGUGAAAGCGUUAUUUGCCUCCUCCCCUGAAUCUCCCAAUAAAAAGGCACAGUGAGGUUUAUACUCUCACCUAAAUACUAUUGUACUAUUAUAGUCAUGUCUAUAUUCAGUAUCUCCUACUGAAUUGAGAACUUUGAAGAAGUUUAUAAGAUGGAUGUAUAUUUUAUGUUCCCCAACUCAUUCUUUUAAGGCAGAAAUCUAGGAAGAACCGACUUCAGGUCUCAACUCAGCAACACACCUGAGCUUAUGCCUAAGACGAUCCUUAUUUAAGGGUAACAUUGCUGUUUGCGUUAGGACAGUGCAGGAGCCCUGAUGAUGGACCACUAUGCUCUUAGAGUUAAGCUUGGGCUUGCAUGACGUUCCUAACGGAGGUAUAUCAUUUUGAACUAGGGCCUUCAUUCACCUAGCAUUUUCAAAACAAAUGCAUAUAGCUUAACAUUUGCUGCGUUCUUCCAAAGAGUUAUCUUCUAGUUUCUGGGUCUUGACUGUUACCAAAUACCAGCAGACCCGCACUGUACUCCACUAGAAAUCACGCAUUUGCUGUCAUAGUGCGCAGGCAAAGUAACCAGGCUUCCAAAUGCAAUGGUCUCAUCUACUCUUCUGACCUGUACAAACGAAACGCAAUUUCCCCCCACACACUGCUAUACUUCGGUCAGUGGUUGGGGCUUUAAAGAUGACAAAAGCAAGAGAGAGAUGUAUGUAUCUGUGUGUGUACAUGUAUGUAUACAUAUGCAUAAACACACACCCCAGAGUGCUGUGAUUUGCAGCGUUCUCUGUACAUAAGUGUUCCCAUGUUCAGUCAUAAAACAUGAGGUUCCUCAGACCAUAGUUUUCAAACUUUCUUGGUAGAUUUCAUUUUCUUCCCUUCACAGCACACCAUAACACGUGUUUUUCAAAAAUGGCUAAACAAAAUACAAAUCCUGCUGACUUAGAUGCUAGGAAAACCUUUCUCAGCAGUACUCUCUUUGAAUAACCAGUCUCCGUUGGCAAUUUUUAACAUAAAUGAUUUGCUAUAAUCUCUUUUCCUAGGGCCCAAUCCUUCAACUUUAUUUCUUGCACAUAAUUCCACUCAAUUUUGACCCAGUAUUUGGCUUUAUUCUGUUUAAAGCUUGGUGUAAACAUGCCUUACAACAGUUUAUCUCCAUCAAUGGUAUAACAGAGCUACUGCCUUCUUAGGUGUGUGUAGUUAAGGUCAAUAAGCACAUUUAUAAAAUGUCAUUUUUUUUCCUUCAAAAUUCUCUAUCUAAUUUGAUAUUUUUAAGUGCACAUGUUAAGUCAUGUGUAUAACAUGCUAAAGUACAUUAAACUGUGAUCAUGAAACUGAAUAAAAUAUUUAAUAAAAUAUUUGAAAUAUUUGAAAAGGACCUUCAAACAGAUUUCUUUUAUGUUCAAUCUAUUUUGGUUAUCUAGUGUGUGCUUGUAAAUAGUUUCCCAUUUAAAACUAAUGAUUGCAAAUAAAUACUAUUAAAAUGGAGCUUUUUUGAUACUUCACCUGCUUUACCAUCGAAUGAUUGUUGAACAUACCGCUGAGUUAAUAGUAUUUGCAGAAUUUGUUUUUAGCUAGAGUAUGAAAUUGUUGGCUUUUUUUUUACUUAAAAAAACAAGCUUAUUUCUACCUGAAAAUGGAAGAUGCCAAAAAAAGAGAUGGAUCCUCAGAACUGUGAGCUGUACUUUCCUGUCAAAUCAUCCACUCAACCGCUAGAUGAUGGAUAUAAAAAUACUACAUAUUUUGCAACAAACAUAUGUCCAUUUGUUCUUGCUUAGACAUGUCUAAAAUGAGAGCUUCCAUUUUAUUCUUAAAAACUCCUGAGCCUGGUUCAGUACUGUUGAAAGUGUUGGAAAAGUCCUCAGAUACAUGCAAGUGCCACAGAAUUCAUUGAAGCUAGAAACUGUGGGACAGAGAAAGCCAGGAGUCAUGUAGUGAGGCUGAAGGAGGAAAAACUUGCCUUUUCUCCUGAGCUCCCCUGGAAAGGCACAAGGAGUUUUCCACUUCAUGGUUCUGGAUUUUAUCUUCUUUGCGCAAUUGGAAAGCUCAUUUACAGCCCACAUGAGUAUAACUGAAAUCAUCUUGCAUAAUGAAGCUCUUGCUACAUUUUCAUUCUUCGGAAGCUAAAAGGAUUUAUUUAGAAAUGGAUUCUCUUUUAGAAAUAAGCAGCAAGCACCAUCAGUAUUUACACUUAAAGAUUCCCACUGUUUUGGAACCUCGUUUAAGCUAGGACCCUGUUCAGCCCCUGUAUUUUACCCUCUAACUGAGGCUUGAAAAUUAGGCUGUUGGGAUCUUGUCUUUUACUGUCCUUGGAUGCAUGAAACUUCCCUUGAUUGCCUUGUAUUUUUCUGAUCACAGAAGACUUGGGCGCAGACUUCAUGAAACCAGUAGAAAUUUGUUGUGCACAUGGGAGCAGAGCUGCUGUCUCUGAGUCAAAAGUAGCACAAGGGAAGGAAGCCUUUAGAUUUGGGGGUUUUUGUUUUUUUUUAAACGAUACGCCCUUUACUCAGGGAAGAAGAAACGUACGCGAUCUUGCACUGCCUUGGCUAGAUGUGCAGUAGUUUCUCUGCAAAGAAGGCUAGAAAUGGAAUGGCUUCAGCAUUAAAGGCCAUGUAAAGUCAGACUUGGGGAAGGGAGAGGAAACUCUGAUUUACUGAGUAAAAAAAGCUAGAAAGAAAUCUUUUUACAAAAUAUAUUUUCUCUCAGUAUAAUAUGCCCAGUCAGGGGCAUUGAAGGCACUAUUCCAUUUCUGUGAUUACCAAAUCACCUUAAAACAUAGUCAUCUUCAUUACUCAAACUCCCAUCUUUUUUUUGUCUGCUCUCAUUUUGUUCUUCCAGCAAAACAGCUGCAUAUUCAGCUAACUCCCAGCGCAUCUAGAUCUUUUUGGUUACCUAGCCCUCACUCACGUUGCUUCUUUCAGGACAUAGGGCGGAAAGGUGUCGUCCUCCCAAAGCACCGAACUUCUGCCAGGCAUUCCAACAUUUUCCCAUUGAUUCCAGUUAUUGAGUUCUUCUGUUAUUCAUUGCUUUUUUUUUUUUUUAAACAUGCAGCUAAUCCCUUUUUCAAACAGACUUUUUUUUUUUUUUUACAGUGUGAAAACUUUAAGUGAGAUGCAAAGUUUGUUUGCGCGUUCCAUAACCGAGUUAUAGCCCAUAGGACUGUCAGUUCCUCAGUAGGACACUAGCACUUUGUAACAAAAUAUGAGAUACAUUUCUAUAUUUGCUGCAAAGUUCUGUUUUGUUUUGUUUUCAAAAAUAAAACCUGUAAGAUACAACGCC